CACACUUAAGAUAUACAACUACUAAAAAUGGCACACUAUAAUUUCAUUUUCCUAGCAACACUGCUUCUUGCGUUGAUCACCAACUUCAUGUCAUCCUCUGCAGAUACUGCAACCUUCUACACUCCACCAUAUAACCCUGCUGCAUGCGGCUUUGAAGUAAAAGGAGUGAUGAUUGCCGCGGGGAGUCAGGAAAUCUUCGAUGAUGGACGUGCUUGUGGGCAUUUAUUCAAAGUAAAAUGUCUUGCCGGGACGAACAAUGGUGUCCCUCACCCUUGCAGAGGAUCAGGGACUGUGGUCGUUAAGCUUGUCGAUCUUUGCCCAUCUGGUUGCCAAGGAACCAUUGAUUUGUCUCAAGAAGCUUUUGCCAAGAUUGCUGAUCCUGAUGCCGGGAAGAUUGAAGUAUCCAUUGAAAGGUUGUAAGAGCUGAAUUUGGUUUCAAAUGGAGAAGGUUGUUGUUGCAGUUGAUGUGUUGCUUUGAGUCAGUAUAUGUUGUGAUUUCAUGUUUUACUCGCACUGAAUUAUGUUGAUUACUUGUAUGCUUGUCAUUGGUUGUCUUUUAUUACAAA